ACACAUACUGGCUCACACACACACACACACACACGCACACACACACACACACGCUCGCGCUCUCCCGCACAUCCACACGCGCUACCACAGCUCCGCGCGAGCACAGCAGUGCGCUACAACACGCUUCUGUGCGCAACGCAAUUCCAAUCCUGCCCGGCAGUUUGGACAAAACUUGGUGCCUCCCGAGUACGACUGAAUGACUCGCGAGAGCAAGAAGAUAUCAGAACAUUUAAACCAGGAGGGCAGCGUGUUUUAAGCGGACGAUUAAGGGAGAGAUCCCUGCGGAAACCUCUAUCAAACCAUCGGAGACCAAUAAGGCAAUGGAGCGCAAUAACGCAUGCAAAUCCGCGACGGCUUUAUAACGGAAUACAGUUGAAGACCUCUAAUUUAGUGUUAUUUGCGGGAAAAGCCGGCUGUGUUAGGACAAAGCGUGACUUUAUGAGUGUAUGAAACAGAUCAUGUUAUGCACAGUUCGCAUUAGCUGUGCGCAAUUGGCUCAGAACUGCGUUUGAAUAUGAAAUUCUGAUCAGCGUAAAGACAAAAAGGCUUGCUUUCUGUUCUUUUCUCAUUCUGUAUCACCGGCGCGUGCUUCUCGAAGAAGAUCACUAGUUGAAUACAGGUCACUUCUUCAAGGCAGCGCAAUUUUUGGGAAGAUGGAUUUCUGGGUAUCUCACCAAGGGAUUGCGUUUAUUUUUUGCUUCGUUCUGAAAGUCGGCGCAACAGAAAUUGAGACAUGCGGAGGCCAGCUGGAUGCCAGUAACGCUGGUUACAUCACAUCUCCAGGAUACCCUCUGGAAUACCCACCCCAUCAGAGCUGCCAGUGGGUGAUCACCGCACCAGAACCCUCUCAGCGCAUCGUGCUGAACUUUAACCCCCACUUUGAGCUGGAACGACUGGAUUGCAGGUAUGACUUCAUAGAGAUCCGAGAUGGGAAUUCUGAGUCUGCGGACCUGCUGGGAAGGCACUGCAGUAACAUCGCUCCUCCUGCCAUAAUUUCCUCGGGUCCUGUCAUCCACAUCAAGUUUGUGUCUGAUUACGCUCACCAGGGUGCCGGCUUCUCCCUGCGAUACGAGAUCUACAAGACUGGAGCCGAACACUGUUUCCGAAAUUUCAGUGCUCCGACCGGAGUGAUUGAGUCUCCUGGUUUCCCUGACAAGUACCCUCAUAAUUUGGAGUGCUCCUUCAUCAUCAUCUCUCCUCCUCAGACGGAGGUCACGCUCACCUUCCAGACCUUUGACCUUGAAAAUGACCCUUUGCUGUUGGGGGAAGGAGAAUGCAAGUAUGACUGGCUGGAUGUUUGGGACGGCCUGCCGCAAGUGGGACCUCUGAUCGGGCGAUACUGUGGGACGAAGAUCCCUCCGGAGAUCCAGUCUUCUACAGGCCUUCUGUCGCUUUCCUUUCACACCGACAUGGCCGUGGCCAAAGAUGGUUUCUCUGCCCGCUAUAACAUGACUCGCAAGGAAAUUAGUGACACAUUUCACUGUAGCAAUGCAUUUGGACUGGAGUCUGGUAAGAUCUCUGACGAUCAGAUUUCGGCGUCCAGCUCAUUUUAUGACGGUCGCUGGCAGCCCCGUCAGGCUCGUCUGAACAAUGAGGACAACGCUUGGACGCCUGGUGAGGACAGCAACAAGGAAUACAUACAGGUGGAUCUUCACUUCCUCAAAGUACUGACCGGGAUCGCUACCCAAGGAGCCAUUUCCAAGGAGACCCAUAAGUCCUACUACGUCACCACCUUCAAGCUGGAAGUCAGUACUAAUGGAGAGGACUGGAUGAUCUAUAGACACGGGAAAAACCAUAAGACUUUCCAUGCCAACACUGACCCAUCUGAGGUGGUGUUGAAUCGUAUUCCUCAGCCUGUUCUGGCCCGGUUUGUUCGCAUUCGACCACAGACCUGGAAUAAUGGCAUUGCACUACGCUUUGAGCUUUAUGGCUGUCAAAUUACAGAUGCUCCUUGUUCGGAGCUCCAGGGAAUGCUGUCCGGGCUCCUCCCUGAUUCCCAGAUCUCAGCCUCCUCGGUGAGGGACCUCCACUGGGCUCCUGGAGCAGCACGUCUGGUGGCCAGCAGAUCAGGUUGGUUUCCUGGCCCUGCCCAGCCUAUAGCUGGAGAAGAAUGGCUCCAAGUGGACCUCGGGACACCCAAGACGGUACGAGGAGUGAUAACCCAAGGAGCACGGAGUGGGGAAGGAGGAACCAGCUCAGAGAACCGGGCUUUCGUUCGGAAAUACCGUCUAGCACACAGCAUGAAUGGGAAAGACUGGAACUUUGUAAUGGAUAGCAAGACUAGCAUGCCCAAGCUUUUCGAGGGGAACACACACUAUGACACCCCAGAGCUGAGGCGUUUUGAGGAACUGGAGGCACAGUUCAUCCGCAUCUAUCCAGAGCGCUGGUCUCCGGCGGGGAUCGGAAUGAGAAUGGAAGUCCUAGGCUGCAACCUGCCAGAAACCUCCACACCAGCUGUAGAGACAUCCAAACCGACUCAAGCCCCCGCUGUAGAAACCAGCACAACACAGAAACCCAGUCCAGUUACCAGCGCUGCCCUGCCGUCUCACAAAGGACUGUGUGAUUUUGAGCAAGGAUUGUGUGGUUGGACCCUUGACCCUGAUUCUGACCUCAGCUGGGCGUUACACAGCUCCAGCAAAAGCACCGCCUUGGGUCAGAGUCAAGAUCUCUCCAUGGGCUUAAACAGUUUGGGAAACUACCUGUACAUAGAGGCCAGUCCUGAGACGCAAGGCCAGAAAGCCCGGCUGUUCAGUCCCAGCGUGGAUCCCGACACCGGACCUCUCUGCCUGAUGUUCUCCUAUCAGAUGGAGGAGCAGGGAACCCUGAGGGUCCUGCUGCAGAACAAACACCAAGAGGAAACCCUGCUCUGGUCCCUCCGUGGAGACCAGGAGCCCAUCUGGAAAGAAGGGCGGACCAUCAUACCUCGAUCUCCCAAUGAAUUUCAGGUGGUAAUCGAAGGAUUUUUUGAGGGUACCAAAGGCCACAUCUGGAUCGAUAACAUCCACAUGAGUGUGAACACACCAUUGGAGGAGUGUACUCAGCCUUUUGCCGCGUUCCCUCCAGACAUGACCGGGGGAGCCCUACCAGGCAAGAGUGAGCCAACAAUAAAUACGCUGUCAGUACCACCUGUUUUGCCCAACUGGUAUUACAUAAUGGCUGUUGGAGGAGCCGUCUUGUUCCUGCUCAUUGUCAUUGUCAUGGCCAUUAGCUGUCGCCAUCUUACGGCCAGGAGGAACCAACCCACAAUGGCCUACUACAGCCCCCACAAUGCACAUUACCCAAACGGCGGCAUGCACAGGGCUGGGAUGACUCCCAAGUUGACUGUAUGGGUUGAGAAGGGCGAUGGGAAUUCCUACUGGUGAACACCUGGACUAAAGGUUUAGAGGUUUGCCUGCAAAGGCUGACUUCGUGAAAGAAGUCCUUGACAAAAGCAGAUCUCAGACUGAAGAGUUGGAGGAGAACCUCAAAGAACGCUCUCAGAUGCUUGGAUUCGAAGGCAUCCAGAUGAACCCAACACUUCGAUUUUUCUGUUUCCUCGUUCUGUUCGUGUUCUUUUCUUUCUUGGAUACUGACGACCCUGUCUUACUAGCGUGCUUAGCUUGUUUACCACAUCUAGCCAGCUCGUACUAAUCUGGAGGGAACUUCUCCAAAAGCGAAUCUGUAUCCGGCCUCUUGACGAACGCCAAGCCAAGAGGACGUGUCAUCCAGUGACCUCAAUCACUGAUCCUGGACUGACUUUGAUCCAGUGUGCUGUACUUAUGUUAAAUCAAUGUGAUUGGACAAGGUCAGAGCAUCGGCGAGUUCAGAGCUGUUGUGGACAUGCCACAAUGUUUGCACUUUGACUAGUCCCUGAGAUUGAUUACGAGUACUUUACCUUAUUAUAGCAGAACAUGGGAACAGACCUUUGGUGAAAGAGAGAACAUGAGCUUUCUGAUAAAUUAAAGCAUACGGGCGAAGGCUCUAUUACUGAGAAUGUGCUUCUUAGCACUUUUUGAAUACAACGCAAGCAUGAUUUAAUUAGUAAUAAGGGAAGGCGAAGUAUUGCUUAAAAGGUUUCUGCAUGUAAACAAGUCUGAUAAAUAGAGAGUCCACCUAAGAUGAUAUAAACAUAUGCUGUCGUAAUGAACACUGCCUUUAAAGUCAACAUGAAAUCAAAAUUGAGUCUCUUAAUAUAUCUACUUGGUCUUAUUGUGAACAGUUGAUCAAUGCAUUGUUAUUACAAUCGUGUAAUGAGUUCUCAUUCUAAGUUAAUGAAAACAUUACGGUUCAAUGCGUAAGGUCUUUGUACACCUCUGAAAACAUAGAUACAUAUAAUAUAUCACAUUUCUCUGAAAAGAUCCUCCUAAAUAUUACACACUGCACCUUUAAACCUUGCCAAUAUUUAACAAAAUAGAUUAAUGCCAGUUGUCAAAAGCUUAAUAUAGAAAACAAAACCAGAUUUAACUAAUAAGCACUGAGACUGGGAUUCGCAAGCCUCACUGAAAGUAGCAGGAAAAAUGUGUAAACUCUCUUUCAGACUAUAUCCUUUUCACCAUCCAAUCAGUUCUCAUUUCAAGUCCCAUCAAACGUUUUUUCAUUGUGCAACUAAAAUGCAUUGCAAAUGUUCUUUCAUGUUGACUUUAAACAUUUUAUUAGUCAUGGUUUUAUAUCAACGAUGUGCUCAACUUGAAUGGGAUGGCGCCACCAAUGAGAUAAGAGCAUCAUGGGAAAGAGGGAUUAAGCAAGGGAGUCAUGUUUUGUGUUUGUUUCUGUGCUCUCUGUGGCAGUAUCUAGGUUAUUCCUUUCUAUCUCGCAUUUCUCACAUUUCUUUCCCAAAGAUCACCCAAAACUGUGUUGGCGUGUGUUAUUCUGAGCAAACGCUUGCUGGUGUGGAGGCUCCAAAAACAAGUCCCAUAAACAAAGACAGCUGUUUCCUUUCUCCAUCUCUGUGCUAUGAGGAAGCACUAAGCGCUGGGGUGGGAGAGAACUUGUGCAGAUAUCAACACCUGGUAGCAAUUUUAGUCCACUGAAGCAUCGUGAAGCUUCAGGAGUGAUUAGCAGUGAAUGCUGUCCAAGAUUGCCAUAUGCUUUUUAUAGUCAUGUUGAAUCGUUUACUAAAUUGAGUUGUCAGUCAGUUUUAUAGGUUAUAUUAUUCCGUUCUGUAUAAGGAUCGUGACAGGGACUUUGGCAGUGCCAUUUGACUAUCAUUUGAUACUGAAAUGCUACUCCAAGGUAUUGCCUUAGUACAAAUGUCAAAAGCGGUAACUGUUUUAAAGGAAUAGGUCACCCCAAAACGAAAACCUGUUAUUCUAGACUUGUAUGACUUCUGUGCAACACAAAGGGAAAUGUUUUGAAUAAUGUUCAUGCUGCACCUUUAUGUAAAUUAAAAUGACCUCACAGUAUAUAUCAUAAAUGUAGUUUUUAUAGAACCACAGAUUUAGGUGAGCGAAAAUAAAAAGAAAAGAAAAUUUGCAUUGCCGUAUAAUCACAUAUGGUGGCAAAUUUGACGUUAGUGACAUUGACAUUGGUUUGCCAUUUACACUGUUAAUCCACUUUUGUAUAUUCUUUUUUAGCAAAAGUGUAAACAUUUCCUUUUGUCUUUCACACUCGAAAGAAAGGCAUGCAGGUUUGGAACGACUUGAGUAAAUGACUGAAUGAUCUUUUUCAUGUGAACUACACCUUUAAGAAUCAAGAAAAAGCAUUUCAAAAGAUCUUCAUGUCAAUGUAAGAAGUAUAGAGCUGUUCAAAAUGGAAAUAAAAGGAUAAAGACCCUUGGCUCCUGAGGGGCUUUUUAAUGCCAUUUCCUGCUGUGAGGUGGUAAGAGAUGUUUUGGCACCGUCAUGCAAUGUGCUUUUAAAGCAGCCACUUUAUCGCUCUUUUCUUCCCUAAACCGUGUCCCCCCUUCUUUUUUCACUCUUAAUAUUUUUUAAUUAGUUAAUGGACCAGAUACCAUUUAUUAAAGCUGCUAAAGGCGUUCCGUCUCCCGCCCCGUGUCUCUCGUCGACUCGGGAAACCACAUUAAUGAGUGCAAGCGCUCUCUCGAGAACGCCGUCAACACGUCACCCAGCGAGGCGUGAUGCCAAACAGCCAUUCUUCUCGGGCUCUUAAAUGCAUCACGAAUACUGAACCGAGAAGCUUCUAAUAAAGCAAAACAGUCUAUUUUUCAAAGCGAGGAGGAUUGCGGUUGAUGUGCACACCCCUGCCGAUGUCUGCUCAGAUCCGAAUGACUCAUGCUAGCUGUACUUUUGGACACGGGCGUCUCAGGGGUUGUCGAACAGUCGACAGCGCUCUCCUCGGAGGUGGGGAGUUGGGUAGAAUAGAUCGCUCACAAUAGAUCCAGCCAGGCUACCGCCUUCACAUCCGUAGUGCGCGAUCUCUCACAUUGAUUCUCUGCUUUUAGACACAGCGGGCUCUGACUCGGACAUUUUUGGAACAAAGCGACCUGAUCCAUAAAGCUAUUCGAAAGUUAUGGGCCUUCUAUUGUACCGCAAAGCUUACUUAGGUGGUGGUGGUGGUGGUGAUGCUACUGAUACAGACUAUGAAUUUAAUCAUGAUAAUGAGGAUGAUGAUGAUGAUGAUGAUGUUGAUGAUAAUGCACUUUGCUUUAUGAAAGUACCUUCUAACUGUGGUCAGCCUAUACCUCAACUUUGAAAUUAGUAAAUUGUUUAAAACGCGAAUGUGAACAGAAUAUUUUUGCUUGAUGAAUUUGUGUCUUGAAAACCUGCUUUUAAAAUGUGACAAUAAAAUCUUAUUUUUCUAAUCCUCACUACUUUUUUUAUCUAUUUAUAUCAGAGCAGUAACAAUAGGCAUUGGCCUAUUUUUGCUGCUAUAUUUGUGUGUUCCCUUAAUGUUUAAAUGCUGGUGUGCUUCAAUUAGUAAUUAUGUAGGUCACAUGAUGUUAUUCUCUGUACUCUGUAAUUAUGUUGCAUAUCUUGCGACACUUUUAAUAAUUUAUCACUUAGCCUUAAGUCCCAAAAUAUACUUAUUUAGAUUUCUGUCAAUCGAAGGCCUAUUACACUGCACAAGUUCAUGAAUACAAACACGCUUGUAAAUUAGCAAGCUUGUUGAGGUUAGUUACUGUGCGUUGUCGACAUGUUUAUAUCUAGUUAUCUAAAUAUUGAAUAAUCAAAUGUUAUGAUGUGAAGAUGACUCCAAUGCCCCAUUUUGCGCUGAAGUGUGUUCAUUCAAGAAUGCACACUUAUAUUCAUUAAUACAGAUAUCAGCAUCAUAUUAUAUGUUUCAAUACAAUGUU